AGAGUGCUUAUGGGUUCCAGGACGAACCUCUCUACCAUCUUACUGUGCUGGCAGUAGGGUUUUUAAAAACCCCCCCAACGAUAAAGCCUAAUCUCUCUCUUCUCUCUGUCGUGUCCAGGUUUGCAUUCUAAAGGUGGUGAGCUUCUAAACAUUAUGUAUGCUGUGAAGGGUGGCUGGGUUGGUCAAACGUUUGCCCUGGCUAGAAGGAAUGACUCUGAAGGGAGGAAGUCUCGGAUUCGGCGUUCAAAGGAGGAAAGGAAGGCAAUGGUUGAAUCCUUUAUAAAGAAAUAUCAGAAGUCAAACAGUGGGAAUUUCCCAUCACUUAAUCUCACACACAAGGAAGUCGGUGGGUCUUUCUACACAGUGCGGGAGAUUGUUAGAGACAUAAUCCAGGAAAAUAGAGUGCUGGGCCCUGCUAAGUUGAGUCCUGAGGAACAGGGCAGUGAUCUGUUCUUGGAACAACGGAGCAAUGAUCAUUUCUUGGUACAAGACCCAUUGUGUUCAAUUGCCACUGAACCUCAAACUUUGUUUUUAAAAUCCAAUGAAACUCAUCUUAUAUUUAAUCAUCAGCAGGGAACAAGUGAAGAACUGGUAUUAGGUUCUGAUGGGCAUAAUACUGGACCUGACCAUCAGGUGUUUGAAAAUGGGCAAAUUGUAAAUGGAAACCAGGUAAAAUUGACAAACCGAAAAUCUGAUGGACUGCCUUAUUUAGAGUUGCAAGUAAGUGAACUCACAGGAGCAGAGAAACAUCUUGAGGAAGAAUGGGCAGCAUCAAUGGAAAAAUUGACUCUUACAACUGCAGAGGAAGAGCAAGUCUUAGUCUCUGAUGGGAAUGUAUCAGAAUAUCAGGUGCCUGACAAUGAGCAAAGCGUCAAUUCUGCCAAACUGACAUGUACUGAGUACCAAGUCAAUAAACCUUCAGAAUCAGAGGGGAAUAUUGAGGAAAAACUGUCAGCACCUGAGGCAAAAGUAAAUCCCAUAGCAGCGGAUGUCAUGGUAGAAGUGUUUCCAUUACUGCCUAUCACUGUAACAGUCGAUAACUUGAAUGGAAGUAGUUUAGGAGAAGCAAGAGAUUUGAAUAAUCCUUUGGAAGAACAAGAGAUUGAAAAGGUGGAGUUGGAACCAGGCAAUGGUAGUUUUCUAUCUGAUGGAAUGAAUUCCGUGAAGAGUUCUAAUUUGGGGGAUGAUAAAUCAGUGGCAAACCUUUCAAGUUUAGUGGACAAGGAAGUAGUAGAAGACCUUGUAGAGCCAUCAUUUGAAGACUCAAAUUGCUCAGCCCCUGGAGAAGGCAUUAAGGAUGAUGGUCAUGAUGUCAAAGUGUUUGAAGCUGAAGUAUAUCGCAAUGAUGUUGGAACACCUCAACCGCUUGAGAAAGGCCAGGAACUUGCUGAAGCUGAGGCCUUAAGUGCUCCAAAUAACGUCCAUACCAAUAUUCUCAAUGGCACUUAUACUGGCAGUAGUAGUGGUGAGGUAAACGUCCCCAGGAUGAGUGUGAACCAACCUAAAGCUGAUGUUCAGUGCAGUGGCAACUCCCAGAAAGGAAGCAACCCGACGUUAGAUAGAAUAAAUCUUGAAUCUUGGAAAACAACCAGAAGAUCCGGAAAACCAGAAAAAAAUCCGCUUCUGGACACUAUUAAAGCAUUUGUAGUCGCCUUUAUAAAAUUUUGGACCGAGUAAAAUGCUUGGAGACUGCUUUAUGGAUAUAGAGAACUAUAUACCAGCCAGAUAGUGGCUGAUGUCUUGGGGUAGUUCUUAUGUUAAAUUGCGUGGUUGUUUCUUCUUCCUCUUUUUGGGAGGGUCUAGUUGGAGGUACUUGCAUGGACACUCAAGGACAUGUCUCUCUCUCUCUCUCUCUCCCAUGCUCUGCUCCCUUGUACUCUUGCUUGUGAAUUCUUAAGUGAGAUCAGCAUGUUAAUCUUUUCCGUAC